AUGACCAAUCUCGUACUAGAUGCCUCAUGUCUUUCUGUUCUAUUUCCUAAAGCAUCUGAAGAGAAUUUAGUCAAAGUUAGAAUAUUCGGCCAAAUUGUAGAUUAUGACGGGCAACAUGGAGUGGUAACAAUUCGUAAGGUUCCAGGAAUGCCAUCUCCUCACGUUGUAAGCUUAGAGGAUGAAGAUUCCGCUCCAAAUGAAGAAUGCACAAGUAUAGAUAUCAAGUCCGUAGUGGACACGCUCAAAAGUGGAGAUUUGGAUCCGGGAUGUCUUGUCACUAUAAUUGGAUUUUACAACGGCGAAGACAUAAAUGUUGUUGAAUGUUGUUCUGUAAAUGGUACAUACAUAAGUCCGAGGGUCAUGGACACGAUGCAAAGCAUAUCGCAGGUUCAAAAACUUCCCUAG